CAAAAUUUCUUGUUGAUAAAAAUGCACAUCGUCCAAAAGCACUUAUUGUUUUUGAAGAACAAGAUUUUUAUGGUCAAGUUUUAUAUUAUUUUACUCAUAAAUAUAAAAAUAAACCAAAUUUAUUAGCUUAUAUAUAUUGGGUAAGAAAUAUAGAAAUUUCAAGAAAUAAUAUAAAAUUAUUUCAAUAUUUUGAUGAAAAAAGUAUUAUUGAUAUAGCUGCUAUUGAUUGUUGUGUGGGUUUUUUAAAAAUAGAAAAAACAAAUAUAUUAUUAUAG